AUGACUCCUCUAUUUCGUCUAACGAGUGGCAAGAACAGGUCCAUUGAGUGGGAACCUAGCCAUGAGGCUGUUCGUCAGAAAAUUAUUUCUUAUUUAACCAGUAAGCCUAUUCUAACGAUAUUUGAUCCUGCACAUCCAAUAGAGUUACACACUGAUGCCAGUGCUGAAGGAUAUGGUGCUAUUUUUAUUCAAAAGAUUAAUGGGAUACAACAUGUGGUUGCUUAUUACAGUCGUCGUACAUCCCCAGCCGAAUCAAAGUUUCAUUCAUUUGAGUUAGAAACGUUAGCUGUGUUCAAUGCCAUAAAGCAUUUUCGACAUUAUUUGCUAGGUCGUAAGUUUACCGUUGUGACAGACUGCAGUUCUGUUAAAUCUUCUAAAAGCAAAACUGAUUUGUCUCCACGAGUUCAUCGUUGGUGGGCCUACAUGCAGUCAUUUGAGUUUGAUAUCAUCCAUCGUGAAGGCAGUAGGAUGAGCCAUGUAGACUUCCUGUCUAGAAAUCCCCUCCUUAAGCCCGAAGUGGCUUUCACUCGUGUGGAACAAAAGCGUAUCGAUUUAGCUGAGCUUUCUAGUAACUGGUUGCAAGCUGAACAGGAAAAGGACGAAGAGAUUAGUAAGAUCGUUUCUGAUCUUCGUAACGAAGUCUUUCCUGAGGAAACUCGCAAAACCUACGAAGUUCGUAAAAACAUUGUAUAUCGCCAAAUUCAGCGUAACGGUCGCACUCGAUGGCUGCCUAUCGUACCUAGAUCGCUUAGGUGGUCUGUGAUUAAUAACGUCCAUGAGUCUGUCAUGCACUUAGGAUGGGAGCAAACUCUCGAAAAGAUUUACGAGCACUACUGGUUCGAAGGCAUGUCGAAAUAUGUGAGGAAAUUUGUGGACAACUGCAUCACAUGUAAAGUAGCGAAGCCCCACUCGGGUAAAGUUCAAGCAGAACUGCACCCGAUUCCCAAGUUCAAUAUCCCCUGGCACACAAUCCAUAUUGACGCUUCUGGUAAAUUAUCUGGGAAGAACGACAUCAAGGAAUACGUGUUUGUCAUAUUAGAUGCGUUUACCAAAUUUGUGCUACUUCGUCAUUCGCUAAACAUCGACACAAAUAGUAGUAUUCGUGCUAUUAAUUUCUGUAUAGCUCUGUUUGGUGCACCGAAACGCAUAAUAGCAGAUCAGGGUCGUUGUUUCGCUAGCAAAGAUUUUUCUAGUUUCUGCACUUCUAAUAACAUAGAGUUGCACUUGAUAGCUGCUGGAGGCAGUCGUGCAAAUGGUCAGGUCGAGAGGGUAAUGAGUACGCUUAAGAGUAUGUUAACAGCGGUAGAGACUAGUCGUGACCGCUCUUGGCAGGACGCAUUAGGAGAGGUUCAGCUGGCUAUGAACUCUACUGUUAAUAGGGUGACUAAAUAUAGCCCUCUAGAGUUGAUGAUAGGCAGGGUAGCACGAGCGCUUAGUUUAGUGACCGCCGAUGAUGAUGAUGUGACUGAAGUUAACUUGGAUGAGAUCAGAAAGCACGCGACACAGAAUAUUAAAAAAAUGCCAAUUAUGAUAAAAAUCGAUUUGACCGAAAUAAGGCUCGGGUUUGUAAAUUAG